AUGGCAAAAAUCGCAUGCUUUGCAUUUGCUAAUUCUCAAAUGCCAAAAUCAAAUUUCUAUACAUCUGAAAGAAGAUACACGUUUCAUAUAUUCACGAGUUACAUUUUGGAUGAAAAAUCAUUCAUUAAAUGGGAUACUCUACAACUUUCAUUAAAUUAUACAACUGCAAUGCUUCAAGUCCAAUAUGAUACUCGCAGUGAAUAUUCAUUUGGUAUAAACAAAGAUAGACAAAAAUCUGAAGCUGAUUUUUAUUGCGUUCCAUUAUAUGAUUCUUCAUUGGAAUCAUAUUUAAUUAUUGAUGACAUUGUUGACUUUAGAUACGGAAAUUAUAAUGUAAAUGUUAAAGAAUCAUAUAAUUUGAGCAUUCCAGCUAAUUCGUAUAUGAUUUCUUUCGGUCUUAAAUAUGCAAGGUUCCAUAUUUCCUGCGGAACGUAUUCAGAGACAUUCCAUCAAGGUGAUUAUCAAAAAGUUGUAGGAUGGUCAUUUUUAUCCGAUUCAUAUUUGAGAAUUACAGGAUACGAUAAUAUAUCAUUUGUUAUUAUUAAAAACGCAUCAAAUGUUUUGCACUGCAAAGAAGAUGUUACAAUAAUCGGAAGUAAAAGUUACACACUAAAUUUCUACGAUAAUUCCAAAUUAUGCGUCUAUGCUGUUGCAAAUGAUGGAGAUAUCCAAGUUAGUUAUCGUAAGUAUGCAAAAUUUUAUGAUGAAAAUGGAGCUGCUACUACUCCAAAGGAUAAAUAUCAAAAUUCCGUUGUUGCUGUAAUCGAUACUCCAAAUAAGAAUUCAAGUAUCAAGUUUAAAGUUGGAGGAAAAUCAGAUAAUCCUUAUGUUAUUCGAAACACCAUCUAUUCAAAUAAUUUCAGAGCAUAUCUUAUCGCUGAAAACGGUUCAAAGAAUCUUAACGACGAAUGGAAUGAGGAAGAUCAAACCUGGCUAAAAGUGAUUUUGUAUUCUAUUUAUGCUUGUUGUGCUAUUGUACCUCUUGCAUUGAUAUUACUAUUUUAUUGCCUUAUUAAAAAGUGUUAUGUACCAAGAGGGAAGAAGGAAGCAAAUGAUGACAAAUUGCAGCCAUUAACAGCUUAA